AUGAACAACACAGCAAACAACAACCAUUAUGCCCUCGAUGGCCCGCCACCACAAAUGUGCAUCUCCACUCAGAUAGUGGACUGCCAACUCAACCUGGUACUAAACCAGAAAUCUGAUAGACUGGAAAUUCCGCUCCAAUCUCUGACGCCACUCAUCUGCCGCCUCUGGGCUAACUCCGCCCUCAAACCUACGGCUGAACAAAUCCCGCAGCCCUCUGCUGCACCUCUGCCACUGGAGGUACUCCCGGAGCCCCUUGUGGAACCACUGGCGGAAAACGAGCCAAUAACUGCGUCAGCAAACCCACCACUAAGUCAUCAAGACCCUGAGCCAGAGCACCACCCCAACCCGGAGCAGCCUCCGCUCCCAAACCAACCCUCGCAUCCACACUGGCCUCACUCGCCACGGAUACCGACUGGGUCACCGACGCAAUCGCCACACUCGGCACCACACUCUCUCCCGAAUCCGCCGAAGUCCACAAUCUCGGCCCCGACCUCCACGGCCUCAAGCACCGCGCCCUCUCGCGCCACAACCUCUAGCUACUCAGUCCAUCUCACUCAUGGAACCGAAAAGAGCACACUAGAACACGCAACCAAAACUCAAAACAAACAUAAACUCACCGCGGAAUCUCUUGUAGCUGAAGGGGAUGAUACUAAGCCUAGCAAUUCUAACAGUCCUAAAACCGUCUAG